UUUCCAUUUUUUUUCCUUUCUAUUUUAAUUUUUUGUUCCUGCAUCUCCGACUAGUUAGCUAUGCUGAAGCUGUUUGAGUCUUUUCCCAGGGCUUUUCAAAUAACAAAAACAAACUUGGAUCAUUUUAUCAUAUCAUUAUUGGAUCUUCUUCCUUGAAUUCCUGUUAGGGCACAAUCACUAAUAUACGUACUUGCUUGUAUUGAAAAAAUUAAUAAUGAUAAUAAUAAGAACAUGCCACUUUCUGUUUUGGAUAUUAGUAGUACUCAGAUCAUCAUCGUCUGUCGCCGCAAUAUCACCUAAGGAUCUUCUCGGUGUUGCCCCUCAAGAUGUGAAAUAUUACAAGGGAUUAUGGAAUUCCGGAAGGAUUAAAUGCAAAGAUGGAUCCAGAACAUUCACCAAGUCACAGCUUAAUGAUGAUUUUUGUGAUUGUUUUGAUGGCACUGAUGAACCAGGAACAUCAGCAUGUCCUACUGGGAAAUUCUAUUGUCGAAAUGCUGGACAUAACUCCCUUACUGUAUUUUCUUCUAGGAUUAAUGAUGGUAUAUGUGAUUGCUGUGAUGGAAGUGACGAGUAUGAUGGGAAAACAAGAUGCAAAAAUACAUGUUGGGAGGCUGGAAAAGUGGCACGAGAUAGAUUAAUGGAUAAAAUAGCUAUAUUUCAGGAGGGUGUUAAUGUAAGAAAUCAUGAAGUUGAACAAGCAAAAAUAUCUGCUGCCAAAGACGAGGCAGAGUUGUCAAAUCUGAAGAGUGAGGAGAAAGUUCUGAAGGGGAUUGUUCGGCAGCUUAAGGAGAACAAGGAACAGAUAGAGAAGGCAUUGGAAAAAGAACGCAUCCAGAAAGAAAAUGAGGAGAAGCAGAAAAAGAUAGCUGAAGAAUCUGAAUUGAAGGAAAACAAACCCAAAGAAAAGGUUGGCGUUACUGAGCUAGAACCUUCAAUAACUAAUGAUGAUAAUAAAGCUGCAGUUCUUGACAACUCUCCUUCGAGACUGAAGCUGAAGGAAGACCCUGCUGAACCUGUGGUAGAAGUGGUACGCAAUGCUCAUGCAUCCCUUGACAAUGGAGACGAGGUAGAGGAGGCGUCUGAAGUUGAACAUGGAUCUGGUCUUGGCAUUGAGUCUGCAAAGGGAGAAGAUGCAGCCAAAGACAUUGAUUCAUUAUCAAGGGAAGAUCUAGGCCGUGAAAUUGGUUCACGUUGGACCGGAACAAAAACUGAGCAACAAAAUCAUGAUGUUGCAAAAGAUGAUGAGACGCCUGUCAAUGUGCACGAUGAAGAGAACAAUGGGUACGAUACAGAAGCUGAAGAUCAUCAACAUGACGAGGAGGACGAGACUGAGGGACAGAUGGAUGAUGUUGGAGAUGAAGAUAAUGACGAUUCGUCGAGCUCAUAUAACUAUGAGCCAGAUGAGGAAGUGGACGUAUCAGAUAUGGAAAGCGAAAGCAGCCCAUCAUGGUUUGAGAAGAUUCAAAGAACUGUGCAAAAUUUCCUGCAGGCUAUCAACCCGUUCCAGACUCCAGUGGAUACAUCUGGUAGAAAAGCUGAAAAGAUACGGAAAGAAUAUGAUGAGGCCAGCACAAAGUUAUCCAAAUUGAAAUCAAGGAUAUCUCGCUUAACAAAGAAGCUGGGGAAUGACUUCGGUCCAGAGAAAGAAUUCUAUUUGUUACAUGGUCAAUGUUUCGAGAGCAAACAGAACAAGUACGUUUACAAAGUCUGCCCUUUCAAACAAGCCACCCAAGAGGAAGGCUACAGCACAACCCGCUUGGGGAAUUGGGAGAAAUUUGAGGAUUCAUAUAGUGUCAUGCUCUUUUCAAAUGGUGACAAUUGCUGGAAUGGUCCUGAUAGAAGUUUAAAGGUUAGCUUAAGUUGUGGAUUGAAAGUCAAACUUGCUGAUAUUGAUGAACCAAGCCGUUGCGAAUAUGUAGCAACUUUAACCACACCUGCUCUUUGCCUAGAAGGAAAGCUCAAGGAACUAGAAGAUGAACUAGAAGUUUUAGAAAAGCAACAGCCACAAGUUCAUGAUGAGUUAUGAAUCUUGUCGGAUUAUUCUGACACUUGAUGAUUCAGAGUACCUGUAUCUUUAGAACUCCAUAGAGCCUACAUUGUGUUCCUCAGUAUUGCCAAGGUUUAUAGUAGCUUUCAGCUGGGCGCAUAGCAAAACUGAACUCGGUAACACUGUAACAGCAUGAUGAAUGAAAGAUGGCUUAUUAUCCCCAUUCCUCAAUUUUUGUAUUAAAGUUACCCUAAACAAAAGGAUCAAUACAAUACCUAAAAUGGGAGGUGAUGCUUAAAGCAGAGUAUUUUCUGAAUCCGAGUCUUGUGAGUCGUGACUAUUUGUCGCCUUGGAUGCGGCUAAAUUAGCUCUUUCAACUUUUCAUCAGAAGUGUUUGGCCAAGUUUUCAAGGCCUUUUUAGCUUAGCUUUUCUUAGUGGAAAACAUUGUUCAAACGGUUUAAAAAAGGUUUAAAUAAGUUAUGCUUUUUAUUGGCUUUUUAAGGAUGCUUUUAUGGGAUUA